CACACAUUCAAGCCCAUUCACGAUUCACUGGUCAGUUCGAUUGUCUCACGUCUCACAGUCGCAUCACUGUGUCUCUUUCCCCAAUCAUUUUUGUCCCUCGUCAAACGCUCACAAACAUGCCGGCCAUCAGCCAACGAGCCGGCUCCUCCAUUUUGGAGGAGCCCUCGCUGAUUUGCUGAUAGCACAUCAGCCACACUAGACAUGAAUGAAACACCACCGCGAACAAGACACACAACAGCAGCUGCACGCCCGCCCGAGGAUAAAACAUUCACAUGCACACAGCCGUCACUCGCGUCACGUGCGUGCCUCAUAUUCUACUGCGUCUCUGUCUCUGGCUAUCUGUCUAUAGAAGCACAGCAACGACGAAAAAGAGCACACUGCUGCAGCACAGUAUCCGCAGCGAGCGCAACACAGCACUCGAUGCGACGAAAAAUGCCCUCGCCACUCACCAAUCGCAGCGUAAGUCACAGGCAUACCCGAUGAAUUAAAGACAAACAAGGAUAUACACAUGGAUGUACGGCCAGACCGAACGAAAAGAAAAGCAAUCACACACGGUCAGACACGUGUGGUCGGCCGCAGAAACAGAACCCUCACUACCCUCAUCGAUGUAGACAAGACAUCCGUGCACAGAAGGUGCAUAUAUCCAUGAGUGGGGCGCAUCAUUUUGGCGCCCAAGCACUCAGCAGUCGCACCAACACACCCACUCAUAGUAGCAAUAGGCACCCGCGCACAACCAUUCUUCGUAGCAAACCUCAUCACAAGGCCAACAAUCCUGCUCUGUCGUCACUUGAUUAUCUGAUGUCGAAGAAGGAAAGCAGGGAAGGCAAGUGCGGCGGGACAGCAACGAGUUUUGUCACCGAUCACAUACCUGUCUGGUUGACAGAUGCGGUUGCGCCCUGUGUAGGUGAACAAAGAGGCAAGGAAUCCAUCACAUGGCACGCGCAGCAAUCACUCACCUCGGCCUUCCAGACUGUGUGCGUGAUAUCGUCGGAAGCUUGGUACACGGUCUUCUUCAACCCGCUGCCCGCCGGCAGCUCGUCAAUGUUGUCGCCCUUCCGGACCCUCGAAAUCAGCCCCUCAGCGAAGAUUUGCUGCUGCUUUGUCAGGCGGUCAGGCCCGAACGACGCCUCAACGUUCUCGGCCGCAAACUGCAGCCUGGCAAUGGACAUGGCCUGGUCUCGCGACACAUCACCUUUGGCCUUCAGGACACCGAAGCGCUUCGGCAGGGAGAGGCACUGCGGCGCGUCGUCUGACUCACCUGCACACACGCAAGAAACGCUCAAGUCACUCAGUUGAGGUAGUAGACAUUGCACUCUGACCUGCAGGCCGCGCCAGUUUGCGAAGCUGACCGUGACCGACGCCAGCCAGGGCCAAUAGGAGGAGGAGGCAGAGCACACGCGACAUCAGAGCGAGGGAUGAGGGCAAGGGGAGAUGGGCAGGGGGGAAGGUUCGCGCAAGGAAGAGCCUCAAGUGGGGGCGAAGAGCGGAGAGGGAGAAGUGUGCUUUCUGGUUCUGUAAUGAUCUCCGUUGCGGUGCUCUCCUCCGUUGCGGUCUCCCAUUGCGGCGCUCCG